CAUGUUUGUAGUACAUUAUGUUACAUUUUGAUUCAGCGUGUGUAUUAUGAAUCAAGUAAUCUUCUCUUCUUGCUCGCGCUUGUGAGCAUUCUUGACAUUGGGCUGUCGAAUUCGUCCUCGCAUUCGAGCAUCCGCUUGCCAUGAGCCUUUGAAGCAGAUUGAGGUGUAUUGAAAGGUGUUUUACGCUUGUUGUUGUAUUUUGGUGUCUCACCAUCUUCUUCAUCCUCUAAAGCUGGCUCUAAUGAAUAUGAUUGAGAAGAUCUAACUAAACUUGGAGUAGAACUCAAUCGGUAUGGUAACAACGGUGGUCUGCGCAUUGGGCUCUUAAACGAAGGAAAUACCGGAGGAUUAUCAUUCUCAUCUACGAUUUCUAUUUCUUCACCAUCAUCACUGAGUUGCUCAGGUGAAUUUACGUCAAGUUUGUCCUCUGUUGAUUGAUUAUCUACAUCACUCCCAAUGCGAUCAUCAUCCUGGAAUAUAGUCCAGCUGUCUACACUAGUUGUACCAGGAUUUGGACUCCUUGGUGAAACUAUCGAGCCUUCAGAUUGUACUUGUUUGGGUGUACGCUGUACUAAUUGGCGUGAUAGAGGCGAACUUGCUAUUUUACGUAUUGGUAUUUCCUUUAGAGGUCGCCGUUGCAUUUAAAGAUGUAUUUACUGAAAAUUGAUUUAAUUCGUCGAUGAUUGAUUAUCAAUUAUCUUAUUUUUCUUUUUAUUAGACGAAUUCGGCAAUGCGUUCUUGGAUGUGAUUAUAAAAGAGUGUGGCGAGAAAAUAUAGCGCGUAAAAUGGGUCAAAUUUACUCUAUAUAUUUUAUUCUAACGUGUAAGUUUCGCCUUUUACGCGUUAUUUUACCGUCUGGCAGUUAUGUUUCUCCACGGUCAUCCCGGGUACGCGGGCAAGUUUCACUUUCUGGUCUCCCAAUGCGGGUAGUAGUUUCAGUAUAAGUCUCAGAUUAUGGUCUGUAUAACAGCUAAUUUAUCUGCAAUUUUAAACAAAGAUGCCUCCACUUCUGCACUGCCACAUCUUAAUCAAUCACAUCCAUGACAAUUUUGCGUCAUCUUAGGAGAAUGUCAACUAGAGAUAAUUAUUACAAUAAUGAACCAGAAGUUCAACCAUUUAAUGAUAUUCAAGGCGAAUCAAUACCCCCACCAGCAUACACACCAUAUGAACAACAACAACACUCCCAACAGAAUUUAUACACGAGUCCCACACAGACGUCAUUCCCCGUAGCUAGUAUACCAACUAGUAGCGGGUAUGCACCACCGGAUCACCCCCCACCGAGGGGUAAUUCACUGGGUGGUGAUUGGUUACAUGAUGCAAGAAAAGGUCUCGAAGGAAGGUCAGAAGAUCCCCUACUAUUUCUUUCUCGUUUUGACACUUGCUUCCUGGUGGACGAUAGUGGCUCCAUGGCUGGAGGUCUAUGGCGCUCCAUGUUGUCUGCAUUAGCUGGUCUUUUAGAGAUCGCUAUUAACUAUGAUCCAGAUGGGAUAGAUGUCUAUUUCUUAAACAAUCCAGCAACAGCUCAGAAUGUCCAAAACGUAAACAAUUUAAAAUCACUCUUUGAUAGUGUCCAACCUUGUGGAAGUACCCCAACUGGUACUCGUUUGGAAGAAAUCCUACUUGAUUAUUUGAAUGAAUAUGAGAGAGUAACCAGCUCAGGCGGAAAAAUGAGGCCAUUGAAUAUCAUUGUUGUAACAGAUGGUACGGCAGAAGAUGAUGUAGAAACUGUCAUUCUAAAUGCAGCUAGAAGAUUAGAUGGAUUGCGUGCACCAAUAUCUCAAGUGGGCAUACAAUUUAUUCAAAUUGGUGACGAUCCAGAAGCUACAGUAUGGCUUCAUGAACUUGAUAAUGAAAUACAUAACAGGGAUGGGGGAUGUAGAGAUAUUGUCGACACAACGCCAGCUAUAGACAUUGUCGACGGUGAUUUCGACGCAAAAUAUUUAUUGAAAGCGAUGCUUGGUGGUAUAAACAAACGUUAUGAUAGAGCUAAUAACAAUGCACACUAAAAUUUGCCCCGUGUAUCAUUCACAUGCCGAUCUAAACUAACUUUGUUUAAGAAUGGAAUGAAUAGGUUGCCUUUCUGGGUUUUA